AUGGCAAAGGCCGCUAUUCUCGUGUCUGCUCUCUGCUUCUUGGCCAUUGCCACCUUUGCUCAUGCCCAGCAGAAGGUUUACAAUACCUAUGGCGGGGUUUAUUGUGAUCCAUGCAACGUUGAAUUCCACACCCGUCUCAGUUACCCUAUCCCCGGUGCCAGGGUACAAGUUCAAUGCAGGAAUAGGGACACCAACGCAGUGACCGUCACCAAGGAAGGAUGGACCAACAACGACGGAGGCUAUAGCAUCGAUGUGAUCGGGGACCACGAAGAGGAGAUCUGCGAGGUCUCGGCAUUGAGCAGCCCAGAUGCCAAAUGCAAUGUGCCAUUCACCAAUGCCGAUAAGGCCAGAGUGUUGUUGACCGAAAACAGUGGUGUACAGGGAACUUCUCGCUAUGCUAAUCCCAUUGGGUUCAAGACCACCACUCCUGAUGCUGGCUGCAAGGAUGUCCUUGCUGAAUUGGGCAUGACCGUUUAA